AUGGUUCGGGUUUUUAUAAGCUCCACGUUUUUAGAUACGGAAGCAGAACGUGAUUCAUUGAUUAUAAAUGUAUUUCCAAAAUUGCGCACUUACUGUCGAAAUCAGUAUGGUUUAGAAUUUCAGUACGCUGAUAUGAGAUGGGGAAUUCCAGUGGAAGCUGCUGAUAAUCAUCGAGGAGUUCAUGAUUGUCUUAAAGAGCUCGCCUUCUGUAAAAAGUAUUCUGUUGCAACAAACUUCAUAUUACUACUCAGUCAUCGAUAUGGAUGGCGUCCGAUUGCCGAUGAAAUCAAUGAAGACGUUUUUGAUUUACUACGUCAAACGAUUGCCUCACAUAAUCUAUCGAUCGAGUAUACUGAUUCCUAUGGCACCCCGUUUGCUGAUAUUCUAGCUACAUGGUAUAAGUUAGAUACAAAUAGAGAUACACCAUCGGGCAGUGUUAUUGGUGGGUCGUUCUAUAAUGCGAGUACAACUAGGCGUAAAAUCUGA